AUCACAAUAAUGUCAGGGUUUUUUUUACAUUCUAUUAAUAAUACUAACUUGUGGCAAUUGUGCACACUUCUGAAUAUCUGCAAGUACUAAAUAUACUACACAAUUAAUUAAAUGCUAACAUAAUUACCAUUAUCAUUGUUGUUGGUAUCAUUAAUUUAAAUACAUAAACCAUUUUACUGUAGAAAGUAGUAUUUAUCUUUUUUUCCUUUUCUUUGGAUUCUUUCUCCAUUAUUAAACUUCAAUCUGUUUGAUUUUCCCGUUUUCGACUCUAAGUGACGCUGUUGAACAAGAAUACAAUAUCUGCCCUUCGUCUCUCUUUGCAGUUCAGGGGCGUUCUUUGUAACGUAACAUUGAUGUAGGCUCCGAGGGAGCACCAGGAAGUGUUUACAUCUCGAAAAGGACGUUUAUUACACUCGAGCGGAUAUAUUUGUCUUUUCUUAUAUCAGAACAAAGCACAUCUGGAAGAGUGGAUGUUAUUGAAUUUUUACCGGAGGAUCUCUGUUUGUUUUUUUAUUCCUCGGAGAAUGUCCCUAUCUGAAAUGGCGUAUCAACAACCACUCAGCAAAUGGCGUUUGUAUUUCGGACUUCAUUGGGUCAUGGUUAUUUUGUCGCUAUGCUUCUUCAAUGUCGUGCUGUGUCAGAUCCGCUACUCUAUCCCAGAAGAGAUGAAGAAGGGCUCCCUUAUAGGUAACGUAGCACAGGAUCUGGGUUUGGAUUUGAAAAGGCUCCGUUCUGGGCGGGCCCGUAUCGUGACCGGAGAAAACAUCCACUACACCGAGCUGAAGGCAGACAAAGGGAUUCUAGUCGUGAAUGAGAGAAUAGACCGAGAGCAGCUUUGUGGAGACGUAACUCCUUGCAGUUUCAGCUUUGAAAUCAUCUUAGAAAACCCAAUGGAAUUACACCACAUAACAAUUGAAGUGCUAGAUGUGAAUGAUCAUCCUCCAGUGUUCAAGAAAUCAGAUAUUAUGUUAGACAUAAGCGAGUCAGCUAACCUUGGGGCGCGUUUUGUGAUGGACAGUGCGGAGGAUCCCGAUGUGGGUGUCAAUGGCCUGCAAAAUUAUGUUUUAACUUCAAAUGACAAUUUCGUUUUAAAGCAGCAUGUGAAUCCAGACGGGAGUAAAUAUGCUGAGAUGGUGCUUCAGAAGCAGUUAGACAGAGAGGAGGUUCCCCAUCUCUCUUUAAAGCUUAUAGCAGUAGAUGGUGGUAAUCCGCAGAGAUCUGGCACCGUUAAUAUAGACAUCAAGGUUUUAGAUGCAAAUGACAAUGCCCCCGUUUUUAACCAGUCAGUUUACAAGGCUACAGUGAUAGAGAACGCAGCAAAGGGCACUAAUAUUGUUACCGUUAAUGCUACAGACGCAGAUAAUGGAUCGAAUGGUUACAUCACAUAUUCAAUUUCAAACAUGAGGAGUAACAUAGCUGAUUUGUUGUCCAUAGAUCAAGUCUCUGGUGUAUUGUCUGUAUCGGGCCCAAUAGAUUUUGAAAAGGAUAAAAAAUUUGAGCUUAGAAUCGAUGCAAAAGAUCAGGGGGGUUUAACAGAUUCAAGUAAAGUGAUAAUUGAAGUAACUGAUGUAAAUGACAACGCCCCUACUAUCAGCGUCAUGUCAUUCACUAGUCCUGUGUCAGAAGACUCUCCUCCUGGUACAACUAUUGGCAUUAUAAAUGUAAAAGAUCUCGAUUCAGGUGAGAACGGGCAGGUGGCAUGUAACAUAGCUCAAAAUGCACCUUUCAAAAUCAAAUCUAAUUUAAGAAAUUAUUAUACUUUGGUAACAGACACUGUAUUAGAUCGUGAAAGUGUUACAGAUUACAACAUCACUGUAGUUGCAACAGAUGCAGGAAUGCCUCCUCUCUCAACAAAAAGAACCUUUCACUUAAAAGUAUCUGAUGUGAACGAUAAUGCUCCACUAUUUUCACAAAAUAUUUACAAUGCGUUUAUUUCAGAGAAUAACUCUCCAGGAGUCUCUCUUCUCAAUGUUCGGGCGAAAGAUCCUGAUGAAAACCAAAACGCCCGUAUAUCUUAUAUUCUUGAGGAUUCUGAUCUAGACGGAUCUUCAGUCUCUCGAUGUGUGUCAGUUAAUGCAGAAAGUGGAGUAAUACACGCAGUGCGCUCAUUUGAUUAUGAGCAACUCAAACAGCUGGUUUUCACCGUCAAAGCUCAGGAUGGAGGCUCCCCUCCACUCAGUAGCAACGUGACUGUGAAACUAAUGAUACAGGACCAGAACGACAACCCUCCUCAGGUCCUGUACCCAGUCCAGACUGGAGGCUCUCUGGUGGCUGAAAUGGUGCCUCGUUCAGCAGAUGUGGGCUAUCUGGUGACUAAAGUGGUGGCUGUUGAUGUGGACUCUGGACAGAAUGCCUGGCUCUCCUAUAAACUGCAGAAAGCCACAGACAGGGCGCUGUUUGAAGUGGGCUUACAGAAUGGAGAAAUAAGAACUAUCCGCCAAGUGACUGAUAAAGAUGCUGUGAAACAAAGACUGAGUGUUAUAGUGGAGGACAACGGGCAGCCCUCUCGUUCAGCUACAGUCAUUGUUAACGUGGCGGUGGCGGACAGCUUCCCUGAAGUGCUGUCUGAGUUCACUGACUUUACACACGACAAGGAGUACAAUGACAACCUGACUUUUUACUUAGUGUUGGCUUUGGCUGUAGUUUCCUUCCUCUUCAUCACGUGUUUAGUGGUUAUUAUCUCAGUGAAAAUCUACAGAUGGAGACAGUCUCGCAUCCUGUAUCACUCCAGCCUGCCUGUGAUUCCAUAUUAUCCUCCACGUUACUCAGACACUUUGGGGACAGGGACUCUCCAACACGUGUACAAUUACGAGGUGUGCAGGACGACUGACUCCAGAAAGAGUGACUGUAAGUUCGGCAGAGCCGGUAGUCAGAACGUGCUGAUAAUGGACCCCAGUUCUACAGGGACGAUGCAGCGGAUACAGAGUGAGAAGAGCAUCCUGGAUGAACCAGACUCUCCUCUAGAGGUCAGUUAACUUCAUUACGUGGCCUAAAGAUAAAUUCCCUUGUGCAGUGUCUUCAAAUCUCACAUUUUCUUCCUGCUGACUGUGUAUGUUUAGUCAACUGCCAUCUGUUUUGCUCUUAAAUUAGAUAACAUAUAUCUGGGAUUAAAUAAAUGACCUGAAUUGGGACACAAUUUACAAAAGCUGACUCAAUUUGUGUACUGAAUAUGACGUUUUUCGUAUUAAAUGUCAGAUGAUUUGGUAGUUCUUGCAGUACAGUGAAUAGCGUUUAGUUACUUUAAUUUAAACAUUUUUAGUCUUAUUUUCCACAACUCUCUUCUGACUCUCUUGCAUUUGUAUUGCAAUGUGAAAAGCGUGCUUUGGUUGAUCUUUUUUUUUUAUUUAAAAUUUAUUUUACAACACUUCUACCACAUCAAUAUUAGAUGAGAUGCCAAUGUAAUUGACACACUAC